GUAUUUAUGUAUGUAGGUAUGUAUUUACUUUUAAAAGCGGAGUAAUCGAGACUUAGGGACGCAAACUGCAAAUUAUUUGGAGCGAACCCGCUUUGCGAUUGUUCUGAAUAAAUUUUUUAAGCAUCGCUAAGGCUCAGUAUGAAUCCGACUCCUCGCACAGGCGGAGCGGAGCUAAUAUCAGCCGUGAUCAGAACUUUAUCGCUACACGUAAUUUAGAUUAGCACAGUGUAAAUGUGGUUUUGUAAAUUAAAACACGCGUUUUAAAAAUAUAAGAGCAUAUAAACAUACUUACAUAUAUGCGUAUAUGUAUGUACAUAUGUAUGUUUUAGUGCAUGUGCAUAAAUACAUGCAUAUAAAAAAUUUAUUAAACUAAAGUGCAUAAGUGUAUCUCAUAUUCAAAUCACGAUGAAAGUGAAAAUAAUCCGGCACCUACUUUUGCUCAUUCUCCUGUUAAGCUCAAUUGCAUUAUGUGCUGCGUUACCCACCAACGCUCCGACAUACAGUACACAAAAUAAUAGUGCGACGACUAGCGUUCCUAACGCCGACAUUGUUCCAACAACAGCAAAUGUAGCUGCAAUAGAUGUGAUGCAGAAUGGUUUGAACGAAAUCGAAAGUGAAUAUCGCGUCAAGUAUGCCCAACAAAUGCUGACAUAUAUGAAUCAGUCGGUGCAACCAUGUGAAGAUUUCUACGAGUACGCCUGUGGCAAUUGGAAGAAUGUGAUUCCCGAACGUCAAUCGCAGCACAAACGCAGCAAUCUUAUUGAUAUUGUUUACAGUUUAGGCGAAGCCGUUCAACAACUUCUCCUGCAAGAUUCAUCAUCGUUCGAUAACUUUCAGUAUACGUUAGAAUUGAAUAUGGCAAGGCGGAUUUAUAACGAUUGUCUAACAGCUGACUUAUAUCCGGUGAAAUAUUCUCAAGUGUAUUUGGAUAUAAUCAAGUCGAUUGGUGGCUUUCCAGCUGUCGACGAGACGUGGAGGCCAGAUAACUUCAGUUGGUUCAAUAUGAGCGCACACUUAACCAACUAUGGCGCCUUGGGUUUAAUCAAAGAGGAAAUAAUGCCGCAAUAUCCGUUUCCGCCGUAUUUCAAAUUACCCGAUUUGGGUUUCGAAUACAUUGUACAUACAGACAACAUAGACACGAAUAGUUCACACGAAUUGAACGAAAAACGUAUGCGUAACUACUUGCAUUUGUAUGGGGUUAAUGAUGAGCAGAAAAUUGAGCGGAUCAUUGCGGAUAUCGUAGAAACUUGGAGAGCCAUACUCAAUAUUACAGACGAGUUUCAUGAGGAUAUGAAUGAAUGUGAGGUGCUGACAGCGGCACUGGGCAUAGACGAAUUCCAGCAAUGGAAUAGUUAUUUGGACAUCGCAUGGAACAGUACAAAAUUUGAGUUGGAGGAGGAGACUUGGCCUUGCCAUCACUUUUACAAUGAGCUGGACAGAGUAUGUAAUGAGCGUAAAGAGGCGGUGGCAAAUUAUUUGGCUUUGAAAUUUAUUUAUCGUAUGGAUGCACGGCUGCAGGAUAAGAAAUUUCAAACGGAGCAUUGUAAUAUGAUGAUUCAGCAUGUAUUACCUCACCUUUUGAAUGAAAUUUAUAUGAAGGAAUAUUUCGAUGACGAAAUUCAUGGAGAAAUCAGCGAUAUUGUUAACGAGGUAAGAAAGAGUUUACGUGAAAUAUUAGAACAAGCCGAUUGGCUGGAUGAGAAGACAAGAGAACAAGCUCUGAUGAAGGAGGCUGCCAUCAAACCAUAUAUUGGAAGUUAUCACAACCACAAUGUGACUGAUCGUUUAAUCAAACAAAUGCAACAAUUUUCCUAUGUAGAAGGCAAUUAUGAUUUGAAUUUGGCGAAUUUGUACAAAUUCAGAACAUGGCAGAAACGUUUCAAUGGGCUACACCACAAGGAGUAUGACAACACCACACUGCAACCAUUGGAGUUGCUGAUGGGUAUUCAAGUCAAUUCCUUCUACUACAAUGUUGAUAAUUCUAUUUGUGUUAUGGCUGGCAUCUUACAUCCGCCUGCAUAUCACAAAGCUUGGCCAGCGGCACUUAAAUUUGGCACUAUUGGCUACUUGGUGGGGCACGAGUUUACGCAUGGUUUCGAUUCAGUGGGCGCGCAUUACAAUAGCAUUGGCGAGGAAAACUACUGGUGGUCACAGAAGGCGGGCAAGGUGUUUAACGAGCGUGAGGAGUGUUUUGUGAAUCAAUACAAUGGUUAUAAGAUACCUGAAAUCAAUCGUUUCGUCGAUGGCAAUCAAACUAAAGAUGAAAAUAUCGCCGACAGUGGCGGUUUAAGGGAGUCAUUCUCUGCAUAUCAACGACAUGUAAAGGAAUUGCAUUUGACAUCAAAGGAUGAACAGAUGCCCGGACUGGAUCUAACGCCGGAACAGCUUUACUUUGUGGGAUUUGCACAGCUUUGGUGUGCGUCAUACAAGGAGAGACACUAUUGGGAGGAGUUGACGAACGAGCAUACAGUGGACAAAUAUCGCGUAUUGGGCGCUGUAACGAAUAUUGAAGACUUCAGCAAAGCUUACAAUUGCCCGGUGGGUAGUAAAAUGAAUCCAACAAGAAAUAAAUGUCGCGUAUGGUAGCAUUAAAUAGAAAAGUUACGGGUGCAUAAAAUUAAUUUAAUUUAUAAAAUUUUGUAUAUGUAUAAGUGUGUCAGUGG